AUGGCAAGCAGCAUAGCCUCGGGCUCCAAUGCCCCAGUCAUCGUGGAUGAUCUCGUCGCCUGGCCUCCUCCACCCUCCAUCGCCCGCUUCGGUGGGUCUGGUGUGCUCCGUCAGACGCGAUUGUCGCUUAUCAAUCCGCUCAACUCUCCGCCAUCAUCGUCUUCAGCAGGCUCUGUGCCCUCGGCGACGUUUCCCGGCGCGUCGCCCUUGACGGGAUAUGCGAACAGCAAGCCGCCGCCGACGACGCCAAAGUCCCCGACACGGCUGGGCACAUCAUGGGCAGAGGAGGAUGAGAUUGCGCUCAUGUCGCCGACGAAGGCGAGCAGCCGACCAGCGUACCCACCCCCGAACAAGCCGCUGAGCCCGCAGCAUCUCGGCCGCAUAGCGCAGUCCUUUGGUAUCGUCACACCGACGCUGCCGUCAGCCUCAUCGACGAGGGCACACACAAGAUCGCCGACACAGCAGUCGACAUAUUCCGUGGGAUCGAUGGGGCACACUACGAGACACACGCCCGCGCCCUCGCUUUCGCAGCAGGUCGUCGCUGUGGUCCCGCCGACGUCACUAAUGCCGCCGGACGAGGGGGACAAGGAGCGCGCGAAGAAGUGGCGCCGCGGACGGCUGCUACCCCUUCAGCCGACGUUGGGAAGCAUGCUCGUCGUGAUCGCGCGGGAGUUUGGUCUGCCCUCGACAACAGGACUCAGUGUCUACCUCGGCCCGGCGGGAGGAUACGCCGAGUCGGUGUCUGCCGCGGAUGACGGCGGCCCGCUCAUUACGCAGGACAGCUGGGCGACACUCUUCGGCGCUGGUGCCGUCGGUAUGGGCGUCGCGGACUCUCCACGGUCAGGGAGCAUCAAGCGGUUUCCUCGUGCGUCGACAUCGCCAUUAACACGGGUGGACGAGGACGGUCAUGUGCGCGAUAAGUCUGUCAGCUCGCAGCCCGACAUGGCGCGGAGUAGCCUCUCGUCGUCCUCGUCGUACAACUCACCACGGACACCGGCGUCCGUUUCGCUCCCGUCAUUCGGCACGAUCGAGUUUGAUGUUGCACCCGACGCACCGUGGUUAGCCGACUAUCGAGCGGGCAAGCGGGCAACCGAGGCGGCGGGAGGAAUACGCGAUUUGACGUUGGUGCAGCGACUGAACGAUAGCCGGCCGAAGUUCUUAAAGGACAUGGCGGACGAGCGGGAGCGCGCGCGGGCAGCAAGUCUUGCUGCCCAGGCUGCUGCUUUAGAAGCGGCACGAUUAAGUGCGGCACAGCGCGAGACGGUCGUGAAGGAGCAGCGUGUGCGUCGCGCCUCGGAGCUCGAACGACAACGGACGCGGACCAUGUCACAGGACUCGACCGGACCGCCGACAAGGUUGUCCCUCCGAAGCCCGGCGCCGACCCCGCCUCGUCCUGCUAGGAGCAGUGCGCGGCCCCCGUCGACGAUUGAGGCGCCCGAGUCAUCCUCUGGCCACAGUGCGGAACCCGAGCCGAUCCUGGAGGAGCUCCCCGAGCCGCGAGAAGCCGAGGAGACGGAGGAACUCAAGCUCUUAGGACCCAUAAGCAUCGAGCCGUUCGACGCAGACCGGACAUCUUGCAUGGUCAUGGCGCACCAGCUCAACCACCUCGAGAAGAUGAUGAAGACGCUCUCGCCACAGGACCUGCGCUUCACCGUGACGCCAGGCUCACCCCGCCCAGAGAUGCCGCGGAGUCCUGGAUCUGCGGCGUCUCUCUCCCCGGCGCUGUCACCCGCGCUCUCGCCAGCUUCGGCUGAGGGCGGUGAGGGCCUCCGCCCAACCUCGACGUUCAGUAACGAGUUUGGCAGUCUCCCGCCCCGGGGUAGCAGCAGGUUGCCCUACCUCCAGCCCGAGAACCGGAGCAGUCUGUCAGCGUCCACGGACUCGGCGUCGCCCCUUCCAUCUCCCCGGCGCGCGAGCGACGAGGGCGGCGACCGAUCCUCCAUCGCGACACUGAACGGGCAGCCGCGCGUGCGAUCAACGGGUCCUCCGCCCCGACCAGCCCGUCCGCCUACGCCCGACCUUAGCACCCCGGACUUGGUCGAACACGUCCUGCCCGCGCAAUAUGUGGACCACAUCAAGUCUCCCGUAUCUCCCGUCCCCCGUCCCGCGUCUAUGUCUCUCAAAGGCCUGAAACGGCAAUUAUCCAUGCGCCCCGAGUCCGGAGCCGACUUUGGCUUCACGCCGCGCGACACAGCGUCUGUCGGGCGCGCGGCUGGCCGCCAAACGACAGUGUAUGGGCAAUACAACGAUGUGAACGCGCAAGGCUCUCAGCGUCGGACGCGGCGCGAGUCGGAAUUCGGCUCGUCGCGCAUCAGCAGGUUGUUCGGGAAGAAGCCCUCUAUUGACGAGACGCGGCGCAUGACGAUUGUGCAUUUAUCCAGUCCGGUGGGCACGGCGCCGCCCACCCAACUGUCGCACUCGCGGCAACCGAGCCAGCAGCAGCAGUACGGGAGCUUCAACAGUGUCCUCCCCGGCACUGCGCCCGCCAACUCUGGCCUGGGCCUCACGAACGGGAGCGCCGGCGGCGGAUCUGGCGGCGGGUCUGGCGGCGGGCACGCCCUCGCCUCGUCCGCCGGCGGAUUCAGCGGCCAAGGUGUCGGCCUCACGGGCGCCAUGACGGGUCUCGCGGGCAUCCCGCACGCGCGGAAACCGUCGAGGGACGCGCCCCCGCCCCCUCUGCAGUUGCGACGGGGCACGCCCAGCGACGGCACGCUGUCCCCGACGAGCCCGAGGAGCAACUACACGAGGCGGAAACCGGUGCCCGGCGGCGGGUCGAGGGGGAGCAUGGACGUGCUGAGCGAUUAG